AUGGUGGUCUACGUUGAUGAGGAGGUCGUUCAAGCUACGACAUGUUGUCUCCUCGACAGUGCGGCGUGGUAUGAUGACACAUCAUACCCUAGCCCAGUCGACACAUCAUACAUGGAGGCCUCGGAACCAGGGAACUGGUUGUUUGGCACUGCAUGUCCUAUCCGUCGCCUCCAAUGCCAGCAAAGUCUUUGUGGGUAA